CACACGCCGGUCCAGACCAGAUCAGGCGGUCUUCUGACACGACAUCUGAACUUCCAUUUAACGCAGAUAUGUUCACCUGCAGAUCGGCCUGGCAAAGGUGGGCACCUUUGGCAAGGAGAGCAGCCCUGAAGUUGCCACGGGAUGGGUGAUAUGGCUCAGGAGGUAGAGUGGUUGUACCCAACCCGACGAUUGCUGGUUUGAUCCUCGAUGCCUCUGUUUGCAGCGGAGGCAGAUGUCGUCCAUGCCCGGGGGCUCUGGAGAGAACAUACUUUACACUGUGCUGUGUGGUGGGGCCUUUGUUGGGGCUGUGUCAUAUGCAUUCAACACCGUGUCCAGUGACAACGCCAGGUACAAUGAUCGCUUUGCUGAAAUCGGUGUGAGGGACAAGAAAGAGUGGGUGCCCAAACCAUGGCCUCCUAAGAGCAAGGAUGAUGGCGAUGGAGGAGAAGGGGAAGCAGCUGAAGAUGGCGUCGCAGAAGAGGUAGCCGAUGCAGCUGCCGAGUUGGAGACCGUCGUCGAAGCAGCGGCAGAAAUAGUUGCGGAGGGCGCCGAGAUAGUUGCCGAGGCGGCGGAGGAAGUUGCAGAGGCCGCCCAAGAAGUGCAGUCUGUGGCAGAGGAAGUGGCCCAGGUAGCGGAAGAGUGCGAGGAAGCUGCCAGUGCCCUCGCCAAACACGAUGAGGAGCCUGAAAGCAAUGUGCCGCCGACGCGUCCCCCUACCCCGGAGAUAACUGAAGUAAAGGAGGAAGUGGUCUGUGUUGAUGAGGCAGCACCUGAGAAUUUACCCCUGCCACCAGAAGAAAAGAGAUCUCUUGAUGAAGAUGCACCUGAAAUCCUGGAGAACGAGGAGGCCACGGUGUCACAAAAGGCUGCAGUUGAAGACGACUCAAGACCAGUAGAAACUACACAAGUUCUGGAUGAUCUCCCAACAUCUUUAAAGCCAGCACCAGUUGUCGAGGAAGUGCUCGUACCUGUGGAGGUAGCAUUAGUCGUUGAGGAGGUCCCAAUACCUUUGGAGGAUGCACCUGAAGUCGGGUCCUCAACACUCGUGGAGGAUGCACCUGCGGAAGAAGUUUCACCUGUGGUUAAGGAAGUGCUUGAGGAUGAGGAUGCCGUGACAUUUGAAGAGGCCGCAUCGGUGGUUGAGGAGACCCCAACACCUUUGGAGGAUACACCUGCAGUUGAGGAGACCCCAACACCUUUGGAGGAUACACCUGCAGUUGAGGAAACCCUGACACUAGCCGAGGCUGUACUUGCAGAAGAGGCUGCACCAGUGGUUGACGACCACUCUACACUUGUGGAGGCUACGCCUGCAGAAGAGGCUGCUCCAGUGGUUGAGGAGACCUCAGUACCUUUGGAGGAUACACCUGCAGUUGAGGAACACGCUCCACUAGCGGAGACUGGGCCUGCAGAAGAGGCUACACCAGUGGUUGAGGAGACCUCAGUACCUUUGGAGGCUGCGCCAGUGGUUGAGGACCACUCUACACUCGUGGAGGCUACGCCUGCAGAAGAGGCUGCGCCAGUGGUUGAGGAGACCUCAGUACCUUUGGAGGCUGCGCCAGUGGUUGAGGAGACCCCAACACCUUUGGAGGCUGCGCCGGUGAUUGAGGACCACUCUAUACUCAUGGAUGCUACGCCUGCAGAAGAGGCUUCUCAAGUGGUUGAGGAGACCUCAGUUCCUCUGGAGGCUGAAACCCCCACACUUGUGGAGGUGGCACCAGUGGAUGAAGAAGAGCUUGCUCACGUCGAGGAUGAGAAUGCCUUGAUAUUUGAAGAAGAGGUCCCGAUACCUGUUGUGAUGUCCCAAGCUGUUGAAGAUGAUGUAACGCUGAAUGUUCUACCAGUACAUGAGAUGACCCAGGCACCAAUCAUGGCUGCACCAGUGGUUGAGAAGCUCCCAACUAUCAUGGAGGCAGAACAAUUUGUGGAAAAAUCUUUAAUUGGGGAAGCUCCGGCACCAGUGCUUGAGGACACCGCAUCACCAGCGCAAGCUGAACCAGCAAUGGAGCAUGUUCCUCCAACAGAGGAAUCAAAGGUCGACUUAACUAGCCUGACACCAGAAGAAGCGUCGCCAGCUUCAGUGGAGAACCUAGAAGAACAUCCCAAACGGGAAUACAUUGUUGUGGUUCUGGAAGGAACACCUAAGCCAGAUAAAUCGCCUAAGGUUCUAGGAGUGGCACCAGUCACUGGAAGAAUGAUUGCAGCUCCAGAUGAUGAGGAUAAGCGACGUCUUCAUAGGAUGCAAUUGCAGUAGUUUUGAAGUAAACACUUCCUGGAUGACAACUUCCUGUGAAAUAGAAGAGGGAUGUGCCUUUUUCAAGUACCACCCCCCCCCACCCUCUUUAAUGGACAAAUGGGAUGUAAAGAUGGUUUACAGUAGUUACAAAUGUGAAUACACACAAUUAGUCAUUAUUACUUGUAUGUGGUACUUCAAGUCCAGUUCAGUGCUUAAAGGGAAAGCUUUAUUUAACUAGUUAACUAGACAAGUCUGAGCCAUUUUUUUUUUUUUUUACUGUUACCGACUGUUACUUUACCGACUCUUGACACUCCUGUUAUACAGUAUGCUCAUCCUUUAUUCCACGUGAUGUAGUAAUGUCGUGUUCUCCACCCACUUGCACAAAGCAUUCCAAUGUCAAAACUAGUUUACUUGGCUUUUAUGGUUUGAAAUGGAACAGCUGCUGCAAGUUUUUAGAAUGACUGCAAAAAGAAAAAAUACACCUACCUCAAAUGUUCCUUGUAUUUUCAUCCUUUUAAGCCACAAAGACAUCAUUUAUUUAUAAAGCAACAAAACACUCAGUUAUGUGGUCAGGUGAGGCUUUGCCUCAUGAUUCAUUCAUUCAUUCAUUUUCUACCGCUUUUCCUCACAAGGGUCGUGGGGGGCGCUGGAGCCUAUCCCAGCUGUCUUUGGGCAAGAGGCGGGGCACACCCUGGACUGGUCGCCAGCCAAUCACAGAGCACAUAUAGACAAACAACCAUUCACACUCACAUUCAUACCUAUGGACAAUUUGGAGUCGCUAAUUAACCUAGCAUGUUUUUGGAAUGUGGGAACAAAACUGGAGUACCCGGGAAAAAAACCCACACAUGCACGGGGAGAACAUGCACACAGAGAUGGCCUAGGGUGGAAUUGAACUAAAAAAUUACCAUUCGCCACGUCCGAUUCUCCAGUCUUAUGUUCAGCGAGCUAGCUAGUUAGCCUCCAAUUGGAACUGAAGCAGGACCAAGUAAGAAGCAAAAAAUUUUACCACUUCCACAUGGAUAGGGAGAACUUUUUCCCCACUAUGUCAUGUGGGUAGACAAACAACCAUUCACACUCACAUUCAUACCUAUGGACAAUUUGGAGUCGCCAAUUAACCUAGCAUGUUUUUGGAAUGUGGGAGGAAACCGGAGUACCCGGAGAAAACCCACGCAUGCACGGGGAGAACAUGCAAACUCCACACACAGAUGGCCGAGGGUGGGGAAAGACAAAAUAAGAAGCCAAAAAGUUACCACUUCCACACAAAAUAGGAGGAGAACUCAUUCAUUCAUUUUCUCCCGCUUAUCCUCACAAGUGUCGCAGGGGUUGCUGGAGCCUGUCCCAGCUGUCUUCGGGCUAAAGGCGGGCGGGGUACACCCUGGACUGGUGACCAGCCAAUCACAGGGCACAUAUAGACAAACAACCAUUCACACUCACAUUCAUACCUAUGGACAAUUUGGAGUCGCCAAUUAAUCUAGCAUGUUUUUGGAAUGUGGGAGGAAACGGGGAGUUCAUGCAAACUCCACACAGAGAUAGCCGAGGAUGGAAUCGAACCCUGGUCCGCCUAGCUGUGAGGUCUGCGCACUAACCACUCGACCGCCGUGCCGCCCGCUUUCCCUCAUGAUGAAAAAUUCAUAUAAUGUUACUAAUCUCACGAUAAAAUACAUAGAAAUGGUACACACUGAGGCUCUUGCAGUACUCUCCACAUCCUGAAGCUGGAGACCAGGUUUUCCUGGAGAAGGAUAGGUUGCAUGUACUUUAUUAUUCACCAGCCAUGAAUCUCCCCGCACAUCACUGUUCUAUCACUAUGUUCAUCUUCAUCUGGAGGUGUGUUAUAUUGUAUGACAACCAAACAUGGGGAAAUCUAACACUAUAGUUUAACAUUGAAGCAUAGAUUUCAAAAUGUCUGCUUUCCACCUUCAGUGUUGAAUUCCAUUACUGUUUGUAGACUUACUGUUCAAAAUGUUUGUCUCAAAAAUGUAAAUAAAACACUUUGACCUUCCUGUCUGCUUCGU